AUGCGUGCGAGCAAGCCGGCUGGCAAGGCCAAGAGCCAGGCUGGGGCUGCAGGCAAGGCAUCAGCGCCCGCGGCCAAGGGCAAGGGCAAGGCCGCGCACGAGCGGCCUGCGCCAUCCGUGGACGACCCCACCCCCGAGCCUAAGGGCAAGGUCCCGAAGAGGGGGGAGGGCUCGGACGUCAAAACGGCCCAUGGCAAGCGCGGCCACAGCGCAAAGGGCCCGCAGAAGCAGCAGCAGGACGACGAGGCGGGCCCAUCAGCGCCUGCACCGGGGAAGCAGAAGCCGCAGAAGCCGCAGAAGCAGCAGCAGCAGCAGCAGCAGCAGCAGCAGCAGCCCAGCAAGGCCAAGGGCAAGGACGCGGGGAAGAAGCCCGCCCUGCCUCCCAGCGAGGUCACCUUCGACAUCAGCAGCGAGGAGGAGGAGGAGGAGGAGGACGACGCGCUGGGCAGCGAGGACCCCGCGGGGUCGGAGAGCAGCGACGAUCUGGAGGCCCUUGGGCCGCUGGAGAGGGCGGCCGCACUGGCCAACCUCGCCAAGGAGUUCCAGAGCAAGAAACUUUCGGUCGUGGGGCGGGACCGGGCCGUCCGCUUCGUCCCCAAGGAGAUGAAGAGGGCCGACCCCGACAAGGAGAAGGAUAAGAAGGGCAUCCCCAAGCUGCAGCUGCCGGCCUCCAACUGCUUUUGGCCGACGUACAACCUGUGCCGCAGCCACGCCGAGAGCGUCGGGUGGCCCACUGGCACCACCCCCUUUGCCAACCUGCUGCUGCUGGUGUACCACGAGCUCUGCUGCACGGGGGCCCGCUACGGGCCCAACGUGAUCAAGCUGCUCACGGGCACGGAGAACGCCAUGCUGAAGCAGCCGCGGGUCUUCAAGAUUCCCAACGUGGAGGUGGUCGGCUACAUUGAGAAGACCGACGAGCAGACCGACGAGGAGGACGAAUGA